GGCAAUUGCUAGCAAGGUUAUUAUGGCGGUUAUAUACUUCGCAUAGUUUGAAAUGAAACUAAAAACAAAUGUAAAUAUGUUAAAUAAUAUGGAGUAUAAAGAGUUAAUAUUAGCUGAAAUUAAAAUUAAAAACAGGAGGUGCUUUUAAUAUAAUACACAGUGCUUAAAAUCUGGAUUUGGCUGAAUGGAAAGGCACAACAAGCUCUCAGGGCUUGAGUCAAUUAGUAUGAUUAAAAUUAAAUCUGUACUGUGAUCCAAAGGAGGUCCAAAGAAAUUCCUUUACACUGGAGUAAAGGGGUGUCUGGCUGCCAAAAGUUUGAAAACCCCUUUACAUCAUGGCUCCAAAGUGAAUGGUUAUUCCCAUAGUCUAUUUACAUGGAGUUAUGGUUUUAAUUUGAAAGAAGCAAAUUUGUUUAUAAACCUAACAAACGUUAUGGAUUACUACACAUAAUAUUGUGAGCAUUGAUUCCCCCCCAUCAGCUGUAUAUUUCACAAGUUCCUAUGACUUCAUUAUUACUGGGGAAAGACUGAUGAUUUCUCGAAUGUCGCCUCUCCCCUACCGCAGUGUUUCCCUGAUCACCACCAGGGGGAGCUGUGUACCAAAUGAAGAAGGCGGCGGUUAGUGAACGGAGUCUCUCUGCUUUUUCAGGAGUCAGUACACAAGUUUCAUACACCGAUUUCUUUGAAGUAGUGUCUGGUGUCCUACAAGGAGAUACGUUGGCGCCCUGUCUGUUUGCAAUAGUACUGGACUACUGUAUGCGGCAGGGAAGAACAGCUGGAAUUCCAACUGGACAGAAGGUGAAGUCGCCGACAUCAUACAUCAGUCAUCACAGACACCGACUUUGCAGAUGACAUAGCGCUUAUUGCUGAGGAAACUGCACAAGCCAGUGAGAUGCUGAGACGUGUAGAGGUAGAAUGCGCCAAGGUGUACUUUAGCACACAGAUGAUGUUUUCCUCCUUGGACUACGAGUAAUGAAACUCCUACAUCUGCCAUGCAUCUGUGUAAUACUUAUGUCAUAUAUUCAGUAAUACUGAAGCUCAUUAGCCUAAUAUGCUGCAAAGCAUGCAACCCUGCUGAGUAUGAAAUUGAUGGAGAAUGCUGUCCAAUGUGCGAUCCUGGUCAACGUGUGUCAAAACACUGCGACAAUAAUUCAGGCACACAGUGUAAAGUGUGUGUUGGAUCAACCUACACUGAUUUCCCGAACGGACUGAUGGCAUGCCUGACCUGCACUGUGUGUGAUGAAGGUAAUGGAUUAAGGGUAAAGCGUAAGUGUAUAUACAAUUCAAAUGCACUCUGUGAGCCUUUGCCAGGAUAUUAUUGUACAGAAACUCAUGGUGAGAGCUGCAGAAAAGCCCAUGAACACUCCACCUGCCUUCCUGGACAAUACAUUUACCAGAAAGGAACAGCAUUAACAGAUACAGUAUGUAAGGACUGUGCUGAGGAGACGUAUUCAAAUGGUUCUUUUAUGCAUUGUGAACCACAUACAAAUUGUGAGUCUUUGGGGCAGAUAACAAUCACACCGGGAACACAGUCAACUGAUGCAGUGUGCAGCCAUAAACCGUCUCAUUUGGGCCUCAUCAUUUGGAUUUUGUUGUCCUUGUUGUUGUUGAUUGUCAUCUUAAGUGUUCUAUUAUGGAAGAAAAAAGAAAAACUCAACAUGCUGUAGAAAUCCUUUUCACUGAGAAGAAACAUUUUAUAUCUAGUGUAUUUGUGAAUCUGUAUAUACGGGUGAUUCUCAUGAAGCUGCAGUGAACAUGUCCAGGACGCGUUUUCCAAAAUCAAUACUUAAUUCACAUAAACUCUGAUAUUUUGUGUAAAGAAAAUAGGGAGCACUGUAUGGACAAAUGGUUUUCAUCAUCAUAUAAACUAAUUUUUAUAUCAAUUAAACAAAAAAUCUAUGGAAAUUCUCACCGUUAUGUGUCCACAUCCCUUUUUUUAAUGUUUACUUUAAAUCAUAUAAAAAUUCCUAAUUAUAUAAAAAAUACAGUGUAAAGUUAUUUUAAAACAUCUAUAUUUAUGCAUAAUAUUAUUUUUUGUGUUGAACAAAAAAAGGUACUUGAUUUUAAACAAAAUAACUGUGUCCGCACCAAACGUUUCUCAUUACCGUUUCAUGAUUUCACCCCCCUAUAAAAAGUACACUGUGCCUUUAAAUUGAUCAGCUAUCCCAUGAUGCAUCACUUCAGAUACAAGAUUCAAAAUGGAGACAAGGUCAGUUGCUCACUCUUCUCUGACUUUGUGAUAUUUAUGUUAAUGUUGCUAAAUCUGUCCUCAGUUACACUGUCUAUUAUCAUUACCGUUAUGGUUUAAUACUCAUUACUUUUAAAAAUAAAAAAAUAUAUUAUUUUAUGAUUAUCACAAUAUAAGGCUUUAACAUGUGGCAAAGUUAUAGGUUGCUAGCAUGCUAGCAUUUCAGGUUAUUUGUGAAAUUAGCCAAGAGUAUAUCAUUACCGUUACUCAAUAUUCUCAUUACCAUGCACUGUGAGGGCAAUAAAUAAAUGUAAAAAAUAUAAAGUAAGUGUCAUGGACUGUGCUGUUCAUUUAAUGGGAUAUUUUGUGGAAAUAUGA